UUAUCGGAAAAUGUCAAAGGGGAGUUAUAGACUUUGGCCUUCAGCAACUCUGCCGUGUUCAGAAUAUUUUCCUUCCACGCAGAGAAACUAAUUGAUAACACACGCAACUCCCUUUCCCUUCCCUUCCCUUCCCUUCGUCCCUCCCCCAAAAUCUCACGCUCCCCGUCUCUGUCUCUGUCUAUCUAAAUCCAGAUGGGAAUUUCAUUUAGCAGCAAUAGAAGAAGAAACAACCCCUAUCCCCAGCAGCCACCUCCCAACUACCCGUCUUCCUCUUCUUACUAUUACCCCUCAGAACCUCCACCCCCACCGCCUCCUCCUCCUCCUCCUCCACCUUUACAUAACUGUCUCCCCUAUCCUUCACGACCGCAUCAUCCUUAUCCUGCGUACCCUCCCCCUCCUCCUCCUCUUCCAACUCCAGCUGACUCUUACUAUUAUUCUGGUGGCUACAGUUCCUCCAGUUAUGCCAAUCCCAUGACCGUUCGUUUCAACUACCACCCUUAUCAUGCCAAUCAGGCCAAUGGGUGGCCCUCAGCCCGCCCGCCUGUGGGCCCGGCGGUGGAUCGUCCGCGUUAUGUUGAGCAUAAGAACGCGAAGAAGGUGAGGAAUGAUGUGAAUGUGCAUAAGGACACCUUGCGGGUCGAGGUCGAUAAGCACAACCCCGAUCACCACUUGGUUUCUUUCGUUUUCGACGCCUUGUAUGAUGGGAGCAUCACUAUUUUUUUCUUCGCUAAGGAAGAGCAGAACUGUAAAUUUGUUCCGCAAUUUCCUGAAGCCUUUAUGCCUGUGCGAAUCCCCUUUCAGAAAGGAUCUGGACAGACAUUCUGUCAGCCUUCGGGAACAGGUGUUGACUUAGGCUUCUUUGAGUUGGAUUAUCUCUCAAAACCAUCACCUAAAGAAGAUGUGUUUCCUAUUGUAAUAUCUGCUGAAACAAGCUCGCCACCUCAUUCAACAGACGAGCAUCUAGGUGAGCCUGUGCCCACCACAAACCCUCAUAUGCAGAUUACACAAGCUAUUCUAGAGAAGAAUGGUGAUGGACCUUUUCAAGUGAGAGUUAUUAGGCAAAUACUCUGGAUUGAUGGAGUUUGCUAUGAGCUCCAUGACAUAUAUGGAAUAGGAACCUCAGUAGCAGAAGGGUUCGAUGACAACGACCCGGGGAAGGAGUGCGUUAUAUGCAUGACUGAACCUAAGGACACGGCUGUAUUACCUUGUCGACAUAUGUGUAUGUGCAGCGAGUGUGCAAAAGCAUUGACGCUUCAAUCUAAUAAGUGCCCUAUAUGCCGCCAACCUAUCAAGGAACUUAUAGAGAUCAAGAUAAAUAAUGGUAAUCAGUGAGAUUCUUUUCUUCAUACUAAAGAUGGAUUGCAUGGUACGACUUUCAACUACUUUUUGUUUUCAUGUGUCAUCAACUUUUUUAUCUCUCUCUAAUUUGAUUUUUUUUUCCUUCUGUAUAUUGUAAAAGAAGUAUCAGGACUUAGUGAUCAUCUGAUAUUUUAUUAUAUCAAACAAAAUCUGAUAUUUUAUUAACAA